AUGAACUUCGUACAGUAUGUUCUUUUAAGUCUCACACUUCUACUUGGAUGUGUGUUUAUUGGAUGUUUCGCCAAUAAUGAUAAUGAAAAUAAUAAUAAUAAUGAUAAUAAUAAUAAUAAUAAUAAUAAUAAUAAUAAUAAUAAAUCAACGCCUUUUGGCUUCCUGGAAGCGAUGGUAAAUCACACGGCAAUUUUCACGGCCAUUCUGAAGGAAUUACCGCGAGAAGGUAAAGCCGCCUGGCAUGCGUUAACAGCCGUUAGAAGUGAAUGGAAUCCCCUCCGCAUUGCCGUCUCUACAUUGGAUUUAAAUGAUACCAAUAAGUAUUGUAAUAUCUCUGGUGUGAUUCGUCAAGAUCUUCAUGGAAAGGACUUUAUGUGUACAGAGACAUCUAUCUUAACACCUGAGAAGAUUCAACUUAUUAUAGAGUAUAUUCUCCCUGAAGCGGUGCAAUUACACUCCUCACGUCUUCUUGUGGAGUCUUUAAAUGAGAAUUUACUUAUUCCGUUAUUUAAUGAUACGAUUUGUUCAAGUUUUACAGUUCCCGCAGAUCAUCGACGUAUAGGUGUAAAAGAUGCCGAUAUGAUUCUCUAUGUUGCGGCUAAACCAGCAAGUGGUGUAGAUGUUGCUUGGGCAAAGAGUUGUGCAAAAAUGAAGAAUGGUCGUCCUAUUGCUGGAGUGAUAAACUUUAUCCCUCAAUCUAUUUCUCUCACUAGAAUAUCUAUUCGAAUUACCGCACAUGAAAUUGCCCACACCCUUGGAUUUAAUUAUCAACAAAUGGUAGAUCUUAACAUGAUAUCUACUGUUCCUCAUGUAAGAGGUAAACCGUCCGUGAUGGUGGUAAACUCCACCUUAACGGCAAAAAAAGCUAAAGAGUUUUACGGCUGUUCUUCUGCUGUUGGAAUGGAAUUGGAAGAUGAAGGCGACAACAACACCGCCGGUUCGCAUUGGAAAAGACGAAAUGCAAGAGAUGAAUUAAUGGCUUCCAUGGGAAGUACUGGAAUGUAUUAUACCGCAAUGACAAUGGCCACUUUUGAAGAUAUGAAAUUUUAUAAAGCUAAUUGGGGAAAAGAGGAAAGAAUGAGUUGGGGAGAAAAUGCGGGUUGUGCAUUCUUAGAAGAAAAGUGUAUAGUAAAUAACAUUACGGCAUUUCCACAUAUGUUUUGUAAUGAAUCCAAGUCUAGUACACUACGAUGUACAUUUGAUCGAAGAGCACUUGGGUCUUGUUCCUUAACAGUACACAAUAUAUCAAUUCCAGAAGUUUAUCAAUACUUUACAAAUCCUUACUUGGGUGGAAAUAAAGAUGAUUUGAUGGAUUAUUGUCCUUUUAUUGUCCCAUAUGAAGAUAGUUAUUGCAAUAAUGGAGAAAAGGAACUUCUCCCGGGAAGUCGUAUUUCUGUUAAUUCCCGUUGUUUGACUGGAGAUCAUCUUAUUCUUUAUAAUAAACCUGUGGGAGAUAUUUGUGUAGAGGUGCUUUGCGGUAAUGGGAAAGUGCAUAUACGAUAUCUUGGCGAUGAUGAAUGGUAUCCGUGUCCAGAGGGAACUUCCAUUACACCAAUGAAAACAUUCUCCAGUGGUCGUAUUCAAUGUCCAAUGGUACAUGAAGUCUGUGAUGAAAGUAACGUGGCCUUCACAACGUUGACUUCUAUUUCACUGGCAUCUAUGCUAUGGUUAUGGUUCUUUUAUUAA